CUCUUCGACGCACCGCGCCCAGCAGCUUCCACAGCCUUUAGAGCCCUCGAUUGCGGCCUCUUCCUCCCGCACUCACUGGCUACCCCGCAUGCGCAGAUAUCAGCGUCUCUGGAGCGCGACGCGUGUGUUGGAGGACAUUGUCGCAGCGACGCGGUAAAACAAUCUCGAGCCCGUCUUGCGGCCAGGAUCCCAAGUAUUAAGGCCUAUAGGACGGGCGACGGGCUGCGCGACGAAACCGACCCCGCAACCCAACGCCCACAAAGAAAAAUAGACAUAAACACAAGCGGAGGGCAGCUGGCUGGCUAUGCGCCCCGACGACAACGAGCGACCGAGCACAGCGAGCGCCGCAAUCGAUUGACGCCCGUCCGAGGAUACCGGAACAUUGGUACCCAGGUACAUUGGAACGGCUUGGGAUACAGCAGAGAGGCUGCCGAACCGGGCGAGAGGAGACCAUGGUGUCGAAUACGCCGAGGCCUUCCCAUUCCCAAUCCCAAUCCCAUUCUCAUUCUCAUUCCCAUCCCCACCCACACUCCCAGCCUCGCUCCUCGCAGCAAGUCCUGUCCAAACCGAGCGGCUCAAAUGCGAAUAAUUCCAGCCACUCCAAGAAGGCGUCUGCAUCGUCUAACCACCGCGCCCCGAGUCGUGAAGGCAGACCGAGCAGAGAGGGUUCCGCACAACGGGCUGCUCAGGAUGUCGUCGGGCUCAAGGACUACCAGCUCGGCGACUGUCUUGGCAAGGGCGCCUUUGGUAGCGUGUACCGGGCGCUGAACUGGGGCACCGGCGAGACAGUCGCCAUCAAGCAGGUUCGGCUGGAGAACCUGCCUGCUGCAGAGCUCAAGACCAUCACCGUGGAGAUCGACCUGCUAAAGAACUUGAACCACGCCAAUAUCGUUAAGUACCAUGGCUUCGUCAAGAGCUCCGAGUCUCUGUACAUCAUCCUAGAGUACUGCGAGAAUGGCUCCUUGCACAGCAUCUGCAAGAACUUCGGCAAGUUCCCCGAAAACCUGGUCGCCCUGUACAUGUCUCAAGUGCUCCAUGGGCUGUUGUAUCUCCACGAGCAAGGUGUCAUACACAGGGAUAUCAAGGGCGCCAACAUCCUGACCACCAAAGAGGGCUUGGUCAAACUAGCAGACUUUGGUGUUGCUACCAAGGCAGCUGGGCUGGAUGAGUCGAGCGUGGUUGGGACGCCAUACUGGAUGGCUCCUGAGGUCAUCGAGCUGACCGGGGCUACCACCGCUUCAGAUAUUUGGAGCGUGGGGUGUACAGUGAUUGAGUUGAUUGAAGGGAGACCCCCAUAUCAUAAGCUGCAGGCUAUGCAGGCGCUCUUCCGCAUUGUCAAUGACGAGCACCCGCCUCUGCCAGGUAGUGCUUCUCCGGCCGUCCGAGAUUUCUUGAUGCAAUGCUUCCAGAAGAAUCCCAACCUACGUAUCUCUGCUAAGCGACUGCUCAAGCAUCCGUGGAUAUUGAGCGCAAAGCGAACAGUCCCAUCCGUCCAAACCAAACCCACUGAAUACGACGAAGCUGUUAAAUCUGUCCAAGAGUGGAACGAGGCGCUUAAAUCUCCAAAUUCCCUGCGCCGGAGUGGCCGUUUGACGACCAGCCUCGGGCCGUCAAAAAGGGAAACCCUGCCCACAACCGCCACCACCGUGUCUUCGCGCAAGGCUUCUGUGAGCGUGAACCUGCCGAAGCACAGGCCAAAUGCUGAAACCUUCCGUUCACCUGAUAUGGACGCAAAUGAUAACUGGGAUGCCGAUUUUGCAGAAAGUAUUUCACCAAGUGCCCUUCAUCUCCCCCACUUAAAGCCACAGGAUAACUUCGCCGGCCUCUUCUCUAGCGAGAAGCUCAAGGCUUAUGCUAGCUUCGAGGCAGUUACCGAGGAACCGUCGAACUUGGAUGAAGGUGAGGCCACGGUGAAGAGUUUUCUCGGUCUUCAGAGCAGAAAGAGCACAGACGCAUUCGACGACAUCGAAACCUUGAGAGCCUCAUCGAUCAGAGGAAGGCCUUCCUCCUCACGGAUGUCAUCUGAUUCCACCGCUGACGAUCGUCACGAUGUCCAACCAAAAACUGCAUUCCUUCGUGGCAUCCCUAAGGCUACCCAGCUAUCGAAGAGCAAGGUUGCAGCUCUCGCCCGACCUUCGUCACUCUUUCGAGAGAAUUCUGUUGAAGACUAUUCCGACCUAAUGCCAGCUGAUGAGAGCGCUUUCGAGAAGAAGUUGAAAGCCAUGCAAGGAGUCCAACCCCGUUCCCUCCCUCACCAGCCAGCCUUGGCUAAAGAACCUCCACCAGCUGAGUCCUUCUCCCCGAAGCUCUUCCAUCCAAGCGACCUCAAGACUGCUCCGAAGUCGACCCGAGAUGCCGCUCUCAAUGGCAAUGCUCGGCGUCGAUCAGCGUCAUCAACAUCGGCACGGAAAAUGCAGCGUUCGCAAUCAGAGAUUGAGAUCCAGAAGUACGCUGAAGACGACGAGGACAACGACUUCUCGGAUGUGUUUGGAGAUAAGGGGUUUAGCUUACCGAGUAAGGCGGAUAGCGACAGUGGGUCGGAACAUAGCAUGGCUAUGAUUACUUCGAAGAUGUCCUCGUCAUUUAUUAUCACCGACGACGAUGAAGUUGAUCCAUUCGCCAACCUAGAAGAGGGUCUGGAGAAUAUCAACCUCGAGAACAAUGUCGCUCGUGACAGGGAUGAUCGUCUAGCUAAGCAGACUGAGAAUCUUGUCGGCUGCCUGAAAACUAGUCAACCUGAUGACGUUCUGCUUGAUAUAACAGAUCAGCUUAUCCAAGUCCUCUACGAGUCCCCGGACAAGAAGAGCAUCGUCCUCCGAUCCCAUGGCAUGCUUCCCAUUCUCGAGAUCCUAGGCACAAACCCUCCCCGCGAUGUUGUCUUGCGCCUGCUCAAGAUCGUCAACAUGAUCAUUCUUGAAGACGCAGAAUCCCAGGAAUCGUUAUCUUUCCUUGGAGGUAUCCCUAUUAUCUCCAGCUUUGCGCAUAAGAAGUAUCCGAGCGAGAUCCGGAAAGAAGCUGCCGCGUUCGUACGGCAGAUGUAUCAGACUAGUACUCUGACACUGCAGAUGUUCAUUGGCUGCGGUGGCAUCAAUGUCUUGGUUGAGUUCUUGGAAGAAGAUAUAGACACUGAGAGGGAUCUAGUACUCAUCGGUGUCAAUGGUGUUUGGAGUGUUUUUGAACUGCAGGGUCCUACGCCAAAGAAUGACUUCUGCCGCAUCUUCUCUCGCAGCUCAGUACUCUAUCCACUCUCGCUCGUUCUUAAUCGUGUGGUUGACGAAGAGGGUGAACUCGCUGAGCUCAUCGAGGGACGUAUAGUUAACAUCUUUCUCAUCUUCUCGCAAGCAGAGAGUCAUGUAAAGGAUCUCGUAGCUGACCGAAUGAUUUUGAAACGCGUUCUGAAGGAUCUCCGUAAAAUGGAGCCCAAUCACCAAGUCACCAUGCUCAAAUUCAUCAAAAACCUCUCCAUGCUCUCCUCCACACACGAAGCUCUCCAAAACUCCAAUGCCAUCGACGUCCUCAUCGAACUCCUUAAAUCCUCCCGUAAACAACCCCUCUUCCGCGAAAUCUCCAACCAGAUCCUCAACACCAUGUACAACCUUUGUCGACAUAAUCGGUCCCGGCAGGAAGAAGCGGCGCUGUCAGAUGUGAUACCGAUAUUGAAGGAAGUUGUUCAAACUGAAUGGCCCCUGAAGGAGUUUGCGCUCCCGAUACUGUGCGAGCUUGCGCAUUCGGGCAAGGUUGCUAGGAUGAAACUUUGGGAGAAUAGGGGGUUGCAGUUUUAUAUCAGUAUGUUGAGUGAUCGGAAUUGGCAGGUUACGGCGCUGGACGCGAUAUUUAUAUGGCUCCAAGAAGAAACCGCCCGCGUAGAACAAUAUCUCCUAACAUCCAACUUCUCCACCGCCAUAAUCGACGCCUACACCUCUCCCGAACUAUCCCAAUCCACAUUCGAGAACAUGCUAGAGCCACUUCAAAAACUCAUUCGUCUUUCACCGCCCAUCGCUGCAUCCCUCGCCGUCCCAGAGAUCUUCACAAGAACGUGCCAGAAACUAGGCCACAAGGACGCCGUCACCCGCCUCAAUCUUCUUCGUAUUCUCAGGACAAUAUGCGACGCCACAGACGAUGAUUGCACGCUAAUCAGGGGCUUCGGUGUCUAUGAUGCUAUCUUCCACCUCUCCGCCCACGAUCCCGCUAUCCUUGUCCGUCAAAUGGCGGAUGAGCUGGUUCAAGCUUGUAAUAGUUUCACUAAACGCAGUAUCUCCCGCGGCUCAGCCGGAUUCCGACGUCCGACUUCUCGCGCUUCCGUUACUGGCGGUCGAGCAGGUAGUGGGUCUUCAACCGGCUCGACGAUUCUGGGUGGCGUCGCUGCUAUGACGCCUCCGACGCCGACUUCCCUUGUGCAUAGCUUCUCCAUGCCGCCAACGCCCGGGACGCGGGACCGGCAGAGCCGGAGUCAGAGUACCGCAAGUAUCUAUGACGUCAGGGAGGAAUGGACUAGCGAAAGCAGUGGCGCAAACGUCUCCGCGCCCUUAGUCCGCGCAUCCACAACUCUAGGGAUAGUAGGGUCGCGAACUCCAGGUAACACGAGGCCGCCGAGUCGCGAUCACUCGCAGCCAUCAUCGCUUAUUAGUGGCGGUACAUCAUCCUCCUCCGGCAAGCGCGAAAGCCGACUCCCGAAAGCCCGACAAGGACGCACGAGUUUGGCGCUUAUGGAAGCGGUGACGAGACGGAGGGGGGAUAGGGAGCGGGAGCGAGAGACAGAGAAUUCGGCGCCGAGGAAUGGUAUUAGGAAUGGGGAUCCUGGUGAGAGGGAGAGUCCGUUGCCGAGGCUGAAAAUCGUGAGACAGAGGAGGCAGACGAGUGGGGGGGAGAUGGGGAGAUCGAGGGGGAGUAGUGCCGGUGAGGGGGGUUAG